UUGCACAAAAGAAAAAUCUUCAUUUAAAACGCGCAUGCAAAACUUUUGCGCAAACAUAACAGUGGAACCAAUGAUGGCAUGUUAUAUAAUGCCAAGUGUAUUAUCAAGUUUAGCUGUACAAAAUUUAAAUUUAGAAAAAGCAUGUCGUGUAAAUUUAAAUUUUGGUAGUGAUGUAUGUGACGCAUUAUCCAGACGUGAUACAGCUAAUUACACGUUCGAAGAAACACAAGUACAACAACUGGUUACCGGAUUAACAAUAUGGAAGACCGCAUUACAAAGUUCGAUACCAGUGAUUUUAAUGUUGUUUGUUGGAUCGUGGAGUGACCGUCAUAGUUGCCGUAAACCUUUUAUGAUUAUUCCAGUUUUUGGUGAAUUAAUGACUACUUUAAGUUUAAUUCUUUGUACAUAUUUCUUUUACCAAUUACCUGUUCAAGUUAAUGGGUUAGUUGAAGGUUUAAUUCCUGCUUUGUCUGGAGGGUGGUUUACAAUGUUUAUGGCAACGUUUGCAUAUAUUGCUGAUGUAACAACAGAGGAUGAACGGACUCUUCGCAUUGGUGUAGUAAAUGUUUUUUGUUCGUUGGGUGUACCAGUUGGUUUAGCACUAAGUGGUAUUUUAUAUAUGGAAAUCGGUUUCUAUGGUGUAUUUUCGAUAUCAUCGAUAAUGUAUGUGUUUAGUAUUAUAUAUGGAAUAGUAUAUCUUAAGGAAAAGAAGAAAAUCGUUCCCAUGGAAGAAAAAUUACCUUCAACAAAUGAAAAAGAUUCAAAGUCUUCGGUAAAUAUUUGUGCAUUUUUAAGAGACUUUUUCGAUUUUAAAAAUAUUCUGGAAACUUUUCGAGUAACUUUUAAAAGUGGUGAAAAUGGAAGAAAAAAGAAAGUUAUUACAAUUAUGAUUGUUGUCUGUGUUGUUAUUGGACCAAUGCAUGGUGAAAUGGCUGUAAUGUACUUAUUUACAAGAUACAAAUACAAUUGGAAUGAAGUUGAUUUUAGUCUGUUUUCAACUUAUAGUGUUAUUGUUAAUUUAAUAGGGACAUCGGUGUCUGUCGGUGUAUUUAGUCACGUUUUGAAAAUUGAUGACACCAUAAUUGGAGCACUUUCCUGUACAAGUAAAAUAUUAUCAAGUUUUGUUUAUGCAUUUGCGCCGAAUACAUUUGUUUUUUAUUUAGGUUCAAUAGUAGAAAUCUUAAAUGGUACAUCAUUUAUUGCAAUGCGUUCCAUGGUGUCAAAAUUAGUGCCAAAUGAAGAAUUAGGUCAAGUUAUGUCAAUUUUUGGUGUAUGUGAAGCACUCAUGCCGUUAGUUUAUGGACCCAUGUAUGGUGCAGUUUAUUCGAAAACUAUGCAUACAAUGCCAGGUGCAUUUUUUGUUUUAGGUGGCUUAUUGACAAUACCAGCUUUAGUCAUCUUUCUCUGGUUGUACACUGAAAUGCAAAAGAAUCCACCAAAAUCAAAUGAUGUUAAAGAAGGUAUUACAAACAAAGCUUUUGAAGCUGGCGAAUUGGCUGUGGUAGAUUUAAGUGGAGCUCAUUUUAAUUCAAAAGUAUAGGUAUAAUGUUAAAACCUUGUGCAUUAUAGUUGCCUUAAGAUUGUGGCAGUAGGAGCAGAUGGUGAAUUAGACAAGUGAAAGCCAGUAUCAAGUUAUUGGCGUGUUUCAAGAUAGAUAUUAAAACGUAUUUAAAAUAAUUUAUUAUUAUUGUUGAUCUGUUCCUACAGACUUGGUUAAUAUUAAUCUUCGUUUAUAAACAAAUUAUUAUUCUGAUGAUCAGAAAUGCAGAUGCUCAUCAUAAUUCAAUGACUAAAAUAUACAACGUGUUCUGUUAUUGACUGCAGAAACCUAGCU